AUGGGGAAAGACCUCCUCACCGCCGAGGGGUUUAUUAGGAACAGAAUCAGAGUUGGCGAGGGCCUUGGAGACUGCCUGGGUCAACGCAAGAAGCCGGCUGAGGAGCUUGGGAACAAGAGACCAAAACCAGCCAAGUGGGGAACAGAAGGGAAGGAAGAAGUUGAACAGGAAGAGAAAAGACAAAGAACAGGCUGUUCCAAGGAGCCAAGAAUGCAAAUCAUUUGCAGGCGCCACUGA